AGGGAUCCGUGUGGGGUACACUCCCGAUGUCCUGACCGAUGCCACUGCAGAACUCUCUGUAGCUUUGCUCCUGGCUGCAUGCCGACGGCUGCCAGAGGCAGUGGAGCCAGUGAAGAAUGGUGGCUGGACAACGUGGAAGCCCCUGUGGAUGUGUGGCUAUGGUCUGUCUGACAGUACGGUGGGCAUCAUAGGUCUGGGGAGAAUUGGACAGGCAGUCGCCCGCCGCCUAAAGCCGUUUGGGGUCAAGAAGUUUUUGUACGCUGGCAGUUGCCCAAAACCAGAGAGUGCUGCAGAGUUUGAAGCUGAGUUUGUUCCACUCAUGAGGCUGGCUGAAGAGUCAGACUUUGUUGUGGUGACAUGUGCUUUGACUCCAGCCACGGAGGACAUGUGCAACAAGGACUUCUUCGCCAGAAUGAAGAAGACCUCUGUGUUUGUCAACACGAGCAGGGGGGCAGUGGUGAACCAGGAGGACCUGUGCAAUGCGCUGGCCAAUGGCCAGAUCGCAGCAGCAGGCCUGGAUGUCACAACGCCGGAGCCACUGCCCACUGACCACGCCCUGCUCUCCCUCAAGAACUGUGUGAUUUUGCCACACAUUGGGAGUGCCACGUACGCCACAAGGAGCACCAUGGCGGUGCUGGCGGCCAACAACCUGCUGGCGCCCAUGCCCCACGAGCUGCUGCUGUGA